UGUUAAGAGCUGUAGUGUAUGUACACCGCAAUGCGCUAAGGCAACAACUUCUCCAUACCAAAACCGUUAUAAGUCGCCGCGCAAAUAAAGUACCUAUACCUACCUUACUUAUAUCUACCUGUUCGUCCGUCGUCGUCAUUCGUUUUUAGAGAGUGAGAUACAAGUUCUACUGUUAAAAGAUACUUUUUUUUUCUUGUUUUCGUUCUUAAUAGAUGCAAAAGAUAUUUGUAUAAGCAUCUUUUCUGUGUGCUUCAAAAAAAAAAAAAUAAUAAUAAACAACCAACUUGAAUUCUAGUUUUGCACAAAAAGUCAGUGUCGUGUUGUUCUAAACUUGCAUCUCUUGAAAAAAGAAUUUUUAAAGAACCAGAAAGUAUCUUUUCUUAUAGGCUGAUCCCGUUUUAAAAGCCGGUAUCCUUAUAUACUCUCGUAUAUAUAGUGAAUGGAUAUGAACUUGACUAAGUUUAAACCACAAAACUGGGCCAAUUAAAUCAAGACAGAAGAGAGAAAAAGAAAGACCCACCGCGAAUCUAUAUCUUCUUUGAUAAAUCUGCACUACCUACUUUUUUUAUUUUUUGCAAAAAAAAAUCAAAUCAAAGAGAUACCCACUUUAUAAUAUGCUUGAAUGUAUCUAUGAGCGAUUGAAUUUCCUCAUUUCAUAAUCUAACAUAUCAUAUAACGGAAGGCACAAGACGCAUCUUUGACCAAAGUUCGUCAUAUACUCAUACUCACAUCAAAACAAACAGGAAAUCUUUGAUUGAAUUUCGCAUCCAUCGAAUCGUAUUAUCAUUAAUAAAAAAAAAAAUGUUAGUGAUAUACAAGAUCUAAACCAAAUAUAGAAAAUUUUAUAUCGUUUUUAAAUCCAUUAGAUACGAAGAUACACGCAGUGAAAUUUUAUGACGUUGAAAGUAUAUUUUUUGAAUUUUGUUUUGAACUUUUUGAAAAUUUCCCACCUCGUUUUGUUUGUAAACUCUUGAGACAAUAAAAUGGAAUCGUUAGAUUUUUCUUGAAAAAAAUCAUAUUCAAAGUGCGAACCCAAUCAAUCUUAUUCAUAUAGAUACUUUUUGUAUCUUUUUGACUCUAUACUAUCUUUUUGCUCCCCUUUUUUCUAUACUUUAUCAAUCAAUAAUGCCAUCGACAACUUCUACAACAACAACAACAACAUGCAUCGAUAUAAACGGUGGUGUAGCUCUACUUACAACAAACUCCAAAGAUAUCCCAAAUGAAAACCCCAAACGGUACAACAUUUUUAGUGAAAUGCCUUCAAAGACCAUUUCUUUUACAAAUACAUCAACAACACCAAAUAGUAGCCCCACUUUAUUGCGAAUGCAAGUUGAGAAAGAAAACUUUAAAGAAAGAGAAGAAAAAGAAAAUUUUAUUCGACCAUCAUCAUCAUCAUCGCCGACGACGAUGAAAGAAGAACGUCGAACGAUGGAAUACGGAAUUGUAGUUGAAGAUGAUGAUGAUGAAAAAACUUUGGCGACAACUACUACCAAGACUACAACUUCUUCAACUUUAACGAAGACGACGAUGAAAGUGGAGCCAACAAUUAUUAGUGUUGGUAAAAAUAUAACCAACGAUGAUGAUGGUAUAGAUGUUGAUGAAAAUAGUAUUAGUUGUAUUUUACCAUCUCCAUGCAACACUACUACCACUAACGAAGUUACUUCUUCUUCUUUUUCAACUAUUGCUACUACUGAAAUUUUCCCAGUUUCAAAAAUCGAGAUUAUUAACCAUAGUGAAGAAGUUGUAGCAGAUUGUUCAAGUGCACUGACCGAAUCAGUUUCAUCGACGGUAAAAGACUUUCAUGUUGUUAAGAUAAAAGUUUCGCCGGAAAUACAACAAAAUAAUAACAUUGAAUCUGUUAAUAAUAACAAUACGAGUAUUAACAAUAAAGUGACAGUUGUUAAUUUAAUAGAAAAUAAGAGUGGCGGUGAAAACCAAAAUCAUCACCUAAAUCUUAAUAUCGAUAAGGAUAUCAGUGAAGAAAAAGAAAAUUCUGAAACUAUUAACAUGGUGCAGAAGUCCAAUAACGGUGGUACUUCGGUAACCGAUUUGAAUGUUAGUAAUCCAACUUAUUUGUAUUAUAUGAUGAGUAGUGGACAAUUUUCACCAAGUGACACUUUGGAUAGUGGCACUUGUAGUGAUAUGGAUAAUGGUAGUUCGACAGCGAAUUCGACAACACCGCCGCCAUUGCCGAAAAAAUCGGCUCCAAAGUUGGAAAUGCACUUAAAGACCACUAAGAUUAUGAUGAAGGAUAAUCAUCGGCCGCGGAAGGUUCAUCAUGAACAUCAGAGGGCUGGGUCACUUACUGAUAGUGAAGAAAGUGAGUCAAGUUUAAGUUGUGAGUCGUUGAGUUUGUCGGAAGGACUUCCGUCGAAGUUGUCCUUUUUACCGGAUUCGCUUUUACGAGAUAUUCGUGAUCGUAAAUUAUCGAAUUUACCAUCGGUACCAUCGUCGUCAUCGUUAAUACCAUCAAAUGGAAGUGGUAAUGGAUUUUCGACAAAAAUCGAUUUCAAAUAUGCCGGCUCCGCUAUGAAUGAUAACAAUAAUGAUAAAUUAGUGAGUGAACGUAAUAAUGCCAACAAUAAUAAUAAUAAUAUCAAAUUCGACAACAUUGCUAAUAGUAGUUAUCGAAAAGAUAACAUUAAUAAGAGUUGUGUUUUAAUAAAAGAAGGUUCUUAUUCGUCUUCAUCGUCGUCGUCGGUUGGUUCAAUGGAAUCGCGUAAAUUCGAAAAUGAUAAAUAUUAUACAUUUCAUGUGAAUGAACAUGAUUUCGGUAAUGGUAAUCUAGUCGAUGAAAAUGAUGAACCAAAAAGUUUAAGUGAUGAUGCAUUUGCCGGUUAUAAGGAUAUUCGUAGUCCAUCGUCAGCAACAUCAACUAUAAGGAGUUCGAAGGGUACUGUAAGAGGUGUUAAGAAUCGUGUGCGUAAUGGGAUUGCGACUUUUUUGCAAUUGCAACAAUCAAAUGUUAGGAACUACAAGGAAAAAGAUCUCGGCAAAGUAGUUCUCUACACAACCAGCAUGGGCAUCAUACGAGAAACCUACGCCAAAUGUUCCAACAUGAAACAAAUCUUACGAACGCUUCUUGUAAAAUUUGAAGAACGUGAUGUUUUUAUGAGUACAGAGUAUCAACAGGAAAUUAAAGAACGAAUGCAAUCAGAAGAUAUAAAAGUACCUCAGUUAUUUGUCGAGGGUCAGCAUAUUGGGGAUGCUGAUCACGUUGAACGUUUGAAUGAAUCUGGAGAACUGCGCCAACUUUUGAAACCCUACAAGUCAAUUUCAUCUACAUACACAUGUCAAACCUGCGGUGGCUAUCGUCUUCUGCCUUGUCCAUCUUGCAAUGGUUCUAAGAAAUCUGUCCAUCGAAAUCAUUUCACAGCUGAAUUUGUUGCACUCAAAUGCAUGAACUGUGACGAAGUUGGAUUGGUUAAAUGUCACAACUGCUAAAACUAAGAAAGUUUUUAAAUUUUAAGAAAUUUUAAAAUAUAAAUAUCUAUGGCAAUAUUAUUUAUUUAAAAAAAGAAAACUAGUAAAAAGUUAAACUAUACGAAAUACAUAUAGACACUAAUUAAAAAAAAAAAAUAAAUAAAUAUAAAUUAUAUGAAUGGAUGGUUUUAUAUGUUGGUUGUGAUAAUUAAACUAACAAAAAAAUUAAUAUAAUUAAGAAAUAAAAAAAAAAGAUUGUUGAUGUAUGUGCCUAAAAAAAAAAACGUUUAAACUUAAUUUUAAAAAGAAAUCCAUUUUCAUUUACUUUGAAC